UUUACAAGAAAUUUCCCGCGAGAAGCUUCACAUUGUUUCGAGCGAGGAGAUACACAAGCUCGAGGGUGUUAUUUGACAGCAAGGAAAGAAACCAAAUUCGACGUACCUUUGACCAGAUCGAUCUGUCAGCAGGCCCGGAGAAGAGUUCGAUCUAUCCUUUCGAAACUUGGAAAAAUGUCGGGGCAGACGGUAGAUCUGCAAGGAGACCGGCAGACGGGCCAGGAUGUCCGCACUCAAAAUGUUAUGGCAUGCCAAGCGCUGGCCAACAUUGUAAAGAGCUCGUUAGGACCUGUGGGCCUCGAUAAGAUGCUUGUGGAUGACAUCGGUGACGUAACUAUCACGAAUGAUGGCGCCACCAUUCUUAAGAUGUUGGAAGUAGAGCAUCCCGCCGCUAAGGUUCUGGUGGAAUUGGCCGAAUUACAAGAUCGGGAAGUUGGAGACGGCACAACUUCUGUUGUUAUCAUCGCAGCUGAGCUCCUGAAGAGAGCUAAUGAUUUAGUGAGGAAUAAAAUACAUCCAACAUCCAUCAUCAGUGGAUACCGACUAGCAAUGCGUGAGUCCUGCAAGUACAUCGAAGAAAAACUUGCGACGAAGGUUGAGAAGUUGGGGAAAGAGUGUCUCAUCAAUGUCGCGAAGACUAGUAUGUCUUCUAAAAUUAUCGGAACUGACAGUGACUUUUUCUCUAAAAUGGUUGUCGAAGCCGUUCUCGCUGUCAAGACAGUAAACGAUAGAGGAGAUGUGAAGUACCCCAUUAAGGCGAUCAACGUCUUGAAGGCCCACGGUAAGAGCGCACGAGAAAGCUACCUGCUCAAUGGGUAUGCGUUGAACACUGGUCGGGCUGCCCAAGGAAUGCCGAAGCGUGUUGGUCCAGCCCGUAUUGCAUGUUUGGAUCUGAACCUGCAAAAAAUGAAGAUGCAGAUGGGAGUACAAGUUCUCGUAACAGACCCGAGGGAGCUGGAAAAGAUUAGAGAUAGGGAGGCAGAUAUUACCAAAGAACGUAUCGAGAAGCUCUUGAAGGCCGGAGCAAAUGUCAUACUCACCACCAAGGGUAUCGAUGACAUGUCUUUGAAGUAUUUCGUGGAAGCAGGUGCGAUCGCCGUCCGUAGAGUACGGAAGGAAGACAUGAGACAUGUUGCCAAGGCAACUGGUGCCACUCAGAUCCUCACAUUUGCGGAUAUGGAAGGUGGAGAGACUUUUGAUGCCUCUUUCCUUGGACAUGCGGAGGAAGUUGUAGAGGAGACUGUAGCCGAUGACGAUGUCCUACUCAUUAAAGGAGCGAAAUCCUCUAGAGCGGUUUCCAUCAUUUUGAGAGGAGCAAACGACUACAUGCUGGAUGAAAUGGAGAGAUCUUUGCACGACGCUUUGAGUAUUGUGAAACGUACUUUGGAGUCAAAUAUGGUCGUAGCUGGAGGAGGCGCUGUUGAGGCAGCUUUGUCUGUAUAUUUAGAAAAUUUAGCGACUACCUUCGGAUCUCGCGAGCAGCUUGCAAUUGCUGAGUUUGCUGAGGCUCUUCUCGUCAUUCCGAAGGUCUUGGCAGUGAACGCCGCGAAAGAUGCAACCGAGCUAGUUGCCAAGCUCCGAGCCUACCAUCACAACGCCCAGACAAAGCCGGACAAGGCACAUCUUGCAGCAUCUGGCCUUGAUCUUAUCAAGGGAGUUGUGAGGAACAAUCUCGACGCGGGAGUAAUAGAGCCUUCGAUGAGCAAAGUGAAGAUUAUCCAGUUUGCAACUGAAGCAGCUAUCACGAUACUGCGCAUUGAUGACAUGAUCAAGCUCUACAAGGAGGACAACCAAGGGGAAGAGGACUAGACCUAACGUAGAAGUGUCCGUCGGUUCAAUUGGAAACAUAUAUGAAGGGGUGCGCCUUUUUAUUGCCACCAAUCUUCCCCCCUUUUUGUAGUGUACUUCUUAACUUCAUAUCUUAGCAAGCAAAUAGGAUUAUCGUCAUUCUUUCUAUUUACAGUGGUCACGGGUGAGUGUUUCAUAUUUUCGAAGAUCAGCUAUCCAACACAAGAAUUUCAGCAGGCAGAUGUGUGAAGAACUUCUGAGUUUUGUCCUCUGCCCAACCGGCAUGGUCCCAGGGAGUUCUGCUGUGGCCCCCCAUUCGGGUGCAAUUUAUGAAGACGGAAGCCAUCGUUGGCGUGUAUAGUACAUCACUCUUUGGUUCAGUGACAUGUUUGUAAUUGGAC